GCAUCCUCCUCACACCACUGACCUGGGCUUAGCUGUGUCCUGCAUGUGUGUGCAUGUGUGUGCGUGUGUGAGCGGGAGUGUGAGUGAUCCCCAGAAACCAGCAGCGGGAUGGAGGAUCUCAAGGAGAAUCUGGGAACUUUGGAUUGACGCCCGGGGAUAGCGCGCGGUCGGCCUGAACAUCAUCGGGCUUCUCGUGGAUUUAUUCAUUUUGGAUGUUGUCUGUUUUCCCCUUUUACCUUUUUCUUCUAGGCAGUGGGAAUUUACAUUUGGCUCACGGUCCCGCUUGUUUUUGGCGUGCAAAAUGCCAUUCGCCAAACGGAUUGUGGAGCCGCAGCUUCUGUGCAGGCACCCGAUCCCCAACGAUGAAGGUCUGCUUUUCGAGGACCUGUGUGCCAUCAGUAAUGUGGUUCUUUCCCGGACCUUGCGACAGCUCUCCGACCUGGCCCGGCACGCCUGCUCCUUAUUCCAGGAGCUGGAAAACGACAUCAUCACCACCAACCAGCGAGUCUGGGUCCUCCAGAACAAAAUAGGCCAGAUCCAGCAGACUGCCAGUGCCCUAGACCCCAAAAAGGAGGCAGUGCCGGUGUCAAACCUGGAUAUAGAGAGCAAGCUGUCAGCUCAUUAUCAGGCUCCAUGGCACCAGCAACACAACGUGUUUCAUCCCUGCACCCGGCCGUCCUGUCUGGAGGAGCUGCACCGGAGCGCUCAGCUCAGUCUCAGAGCUCUACACCGAGACGAGCAACAGUGCCAGCGGUCCACGAGCAGGGAGAGAAACAGGGUGACCAUCUCGAUCUCAGUGGCGCCCCCCAUGCCCACCUUCCCCUCCCCGCACACCAUCCGCAGGCAGCAGAGGAGUCGCCUGGCACGAGCGCAAGAGAGAGCGGAAAGAGAGCGAGAGUUAGACUAUCAACCGAGGAAGGAGAGGACUGUGAGAGAAACUGAGAUCCAGACAGUGCAGAAAAAAGAGAGGCAAGGGAGAGAAGCAGAUAAUCAGACGAUCCAAAGAAAGUUUGAGUGCUUUUACUCACUUCACCCUAUUGAAGGUUGCAUCUUCAUUCCAUGGAACAGAAAGGCUACCUCGGCAGGGGAAAGCGAAGAUGGCGAAGUCUUGGGAGGAAAUCGAGCUAAAGCCCAGGCCCCCAGCGCCCCCACCACCCAGGAUAAACAGACAAACUGGUCAAAGGAAAAUGUUCCACCAUCAGAUCAGAAGGCGUGCGGUGACAGUCAUGCCAUCUCGUCCUGCAUCAUUCCCAUCAACGUCACAGGAGUGGGGUUUGACAGGGAAGCAAGUGCUCGCUGCUCUCUGGUUCACUCGCAGUCAGUUCUUCAGAGGAGAAGGAAGCUGAGGAGGAGGAAGACUAUCACAGGAAUACCCAAAAGAGUGCAACAGGACAUGGAUUCAGAUGAAUCACCCGUAGCAAGAGAACGCACAGUGAUUAUCCAUGCCAACCCCCACCAACUCUCUCUAUGUCAAGAAGACCUCUCAAUCAGUGGUCGUCUUCAUCACACCCGCGAUUCUGGCUGCCAGACAGAUGAUUUCCUUAUAGCAUGUACAGCUGCUCCCUCCAGAAGGCGCAUUAGAGCUCAGCGUGGCCAUCAGGGAAUUCCUGCCUCUCUGUCCCAUUCAACGGGUAACAUUUCCUCCCUGGGUGACCAAUCAGACUCCACAUACACUACGGCUGCAACCCACGGUGGACGCUUGCGCUCGCGCAGUCUUCCACGAGAGGGUGGACGUCUGAUGGACAGCGAUGAAGAUGAUGAUGAUGACAAUUACGACGACGAUGAUGAAGAUGAAGAGCUGUCACCUUACGAAGCAGAGGAUUUUAUUCCACCUGGCCCUAGUCCUCGCAUGAAGAUGAUGUUGAUGAAGGACGAAGAAGAAAGUACAGACGAUCAGGCAGCUCCUGAGCCACUGCAACUUGGAAGCCUAAAACGGAUGCAGCGAUCCGGAGAGAGAGACAGAGGGGGUGGUGGAGGGGGGAGUCCAGAGCAUAGCUGGAUGGAGAGAGGCCGUUCUCGGUUGCCUCGCAAGGCUGACAUGGGUAGCUGUGAGAUCUCAUCCAGUUCCGAUACUUUCAGCAGCCCUAUUCACUCAGUGUCGACAACAGGAGUCCUGGGCAGCCAUGUGGACCACAAGGAAGAUCACCAGUCAUCAAGUGGGAACUGGAGCGGUUCCAGCUCUACCUGUCCCUCACAAACAUCUGAAACCAUCCCACCACCCUCUUCUCCACCCUUGACAGGCUCAUCCCACUGUGAUUCAGAGCUGUCUCUUAACACUGUUCCCAAUGCCAUUGAUGAGGGUUUCAGCCUGGAUCCCUCAUACCAUUCUGACCUCAGACCCCAGGGACAGGGUCACAGAUCAAGCUCAUUCACAUCCUCAGCCACAGACCAGCUGGAUGAUGCUGGGGUCAGUACAGCAAGUGAGGGUGAGUGGACAUAUCCUCCAGACCAAGACCAGAUAGAUGCAGACCAGGACCCCGACCAGACCCAAAACCUUAGCCGGAGUCAUGGGCUAGUUCAGGAGUACAGCUCUAAAAAUAGUCUUGAAGACCAGUCGAGUUUCAGUGACAAAACUAGCAACACCGACAAAGAGGUUGGCUCUCAAUACUCAACUGAUACAGAGGGUUUCUACUCCUCCUCUGUGCAUUUUGGGGAGUGUAAUCAGAGUUACAGAGCAUACACGUAUAACUAUGCAGACCCAGGGCCUGACUGUGCUCAGACCAACACUGUGGCAGCACCACUAACACACGGAGCUUAUCCCCAACGAUCAGCCGACUUCAGAACAGGCACUAUGACCUUGGGAAGGACCUGUCGUCCAUUAAGGAAACCAAAAGUCAAACCUCCACCACCCAAAAGGACCUCUUCACUGAAGGAGACCAGUAGUUAUGUUGACGUUGGAACGGAUACACAGGCCGAUCAGGAUCAACCAAAGAUGGUUAGUGAACAAGACCUGACCUUGUCUUCCACAGAUAUAAAACUGGAACUGGACCUAGAGCUUGGUGGUGCUCCAGAACCAUUACAGACAUCUUGUCUAGUGGCAGAGCCUUUGGGAGCUUGGGGUAUGGGACUAGGUGAAACUGUGGAUAUAGUAGAGCCCAUGUCCUUUAGUUCGGCAGACACGCACUCAUUUAAGGAUGAAGGUGCUGUGCAAUCUGACUAUGCAGACCUGUGGCUGCACAACAAUGAGCUAAAGUCGAACAAUGGUGAGUACACAUCUAUGUCCAACUCAAGCACAGCCACAGGUACUACCGUCAUGGAGUGUAUCAAGUCACCAGACAGCUCUUCCUCCUCCACAGAAACCCAAACCCAGGCCCCUGUUCAGUCCUGUGAGAUUAGGGCCGCCAGUCCACCUCUCCCUCCUGGAGACUUCAAACUUGGCUCGCCAGAAAAGCUGGCUGGCCUUGCAUCACCAUCAAGUGGUUAUUCCAGUCAAUCAGAGACUCCAACCUCAACCUUGCCCUCAUCUUCGGCAGCAUUCUUCCCAGGACCACUAUCUCCUUCAACUGGCAAAAGAAAACCCAAAGUGCCAGAGAGGAAGUCUUCCCUCUCUUCCCUGCAGCACUUCCCCAGAGAUGGAGUUUCCAUUUCUUCUUGCUAUAAAAGAGAUCCUGACUUUCCACCUCCACCUUCCCAGCUUGAUCUUAAUGUUCUUCAUGGUGGCUAUGUAAGACACACACUAUCUCACCGGACACACCACAUGCAUACACUUCACCACAGCAAACACAGAGUUGCAAAUGCUCUAGCCACUGGAACAAAACUUUUGACUCCUGAGGCAACUACGACCAACCCACAAUCAAGUUCAAAUUCGGCCUCAACAAUUCCCAGCUCAAAUCUGCUAGUAAUCACACCAUCGGCUCUUCGUUCAGUACAGCUCCAUCCUAUUAACCAGUCUACUGAUCAGCAGAGUACUUCCACAACAGACCAGGAAAUAAGUUCAACAGAGACUGCUACAAGACCCAAAUGUCCUCCGAUUGGUGCUACAUUGGCUCCCCCGCCUAUUAACACGAGGCCUCUGCCUCCUCGCAGACCACCUCCGAGACCUCCAGGUCAUGACUUCACGUCAUCCCCGGAACAUUCACAACCAACUCCCCCUGGCCGCCACCCCGAUGGGCCACCAUCCUACGAAAGCCUGCUACUCAGACAGGACCGCUAUGGACCUGGAACAUUUUGGGCCAUGACAGCUUUCAGAGCUCGAAUGGACCCAUUGUCAGAUCAUGAGGACAGCUCACCCCUGCAUCGACCGGUGCCACGCGCGCCUCACCCUUCGCCGGUGGAUUUACACACACAUAUCCACUCACACACAGAGUUCAGAGGGCUCACUCACUCAACUCAUGCACAUCCUGAGUUUAGAGUUUUGGGGGAACGGUCAUUUUCCCAGGAUGAUGAUGACGACGAAGAGGAAGAAGAAGAAGAGGAAGAGCCAGUGAAGGAGCCACCUAGGGCUGCAUGUUACAGAGGAGGCAUGCGAUCAGAUCACCCUCCGCCCCCAGCAUAUGAAUUUGCUGGGGGAUCCCACUUAGACUCAGGGCCCUGGGCUAGUCCUGUCAAAGUGCCUGGUAACACACUGGAGACAUCGCAUCCUUACCUAAUCAGCGAUGCAAGGAAAGGAGGACAAGAAGAGCAAGAAGAAGAGGAGGAAGUGACAUCAGGUGCUACCAGAAGUGCCCAUCAGCAUCACCCACAUGAGAGCAAAGACGACUCCACAACUCCUGACACAGAGGAUUACUUCAGUAAAGAUUCCACACCUAGUGAUAAUUCGCUCUCGCCAAUGAUGGAUGACGCCAAAGUGGAUGACGACAUCAUUAUCACAUCACCCAACAAGACCCGAACUACUGAGGACCUGUUUGCAAUGAUACACAGAUCCAAGAGAAAGGUCCUGGGCCGUAAAGAUUCAGGAGAUCUGAACAUGAAGUCCCGCCUAUGCCCACCGCCUCCAGUGCCCCCCAGCAAUGUGUCUACUGUUGUGAUCCCACCGGCCCCUCCUCUCAACAUUCCACCUACUUUAGCCAUGGCUGCAGGUUCACAAAGAGCCCCCGUGCCAAUUUAUCGCAGCGCCAAGAAGUCCAGCACGUCCAACGAGGAGUUUAAACUCCUGCUGCUGAAAAAGGGUAGCAGGUCAGAUUCCAGCUACCGCAUGUCGGCUACCGAGAUUCUGAAAAGCCCCAUCACCCCAAAAACGCCAGGGGAGUCCCUUCAGGAAGGACCCAUCAGGCAGGCUGAGGAACCACCUUCUACACUCCAGGAGCACCCUAUUCCAGGCCUGGAGCCAAUCCAGAUUCCGGGACUUUUUCCCAGGGCAAACUCUGAGAGCUUCACCCCCAAAACCCUCCCUAUGUCAGCUGCGUCUCGGCAGGGACGUUCUCGGAUCCCGCCUGUAGCCAACAGCAGCCGCUAUAGUACACGCAGCCGCCUCUACACAGCCCCCAUGCAAGCCAUUUCUGAAGGGGAGACGGAGAACUCAGACGGUAGCCCCCAUGAUGACAGGUCGUCCUAAAACCACAUGACGGCAGAUGCCGUCCGUUCAUAAAUUUAAAAUGGCCCCUAUUUGUAAUAGCUGAUGUGUAAUUCUUGUGACACACACACACAAUAUGACUGUUGCAAACCUGCACCCAGUUAUGGAUUUACUAAUCUAUUCAAGGGUGUCAAGACUGUUGUGACAUAGUGAAUAAGGAAGGGACGAUUACGAAAAUAUUGAUGAUCCUUAAACACAGUAUUAACUAAUGAAGAGCUCCCUCAUAGCUAAAAGUGUAAGACUUAUUUUGAUUGAACUUUUUUCUUAAAAAAAAUAAUAAUUUUUUAAAAAAAAAAGUCCCAAAUGUUUUUAAAAAAAUCUAUAUCUAACAAAAUAAUUUUUGUGGAGUAAAGACAGACAAAGUGAGUGUGCAUGGAGAAACACAUGCAACAUCCGAUUACAUUUUUACUUCUUGUGUUUUGAAUGGUGUGGAUGUGUCGCUGAGGAACUGCUUUCUUAUAUAUAUAUAUAUAUAUAUACAUAUAUAAAAAAAAAAAUCAAUUCUUAUGGCGGUUAUUUUUCUUUCACCUGAUGGUGUCUGGCAUUAGCCAGACUUCCCAGAGUUCAUACUCAAGAUUCCUGCCAGUAAGCAAGGGUUGUUUCAUUGUGAAAGUGACUAACGACAUGUAAACACAGCACCAACUGAUCUAUUAUAAUUCCAUCUGCAGACCUGGCAUAGAAAGUAUAUCAUGCAGAGCCAAUCAUAUAUUUCUUCACAUAAAAUAUAUCCCAAAAAAAAGAAAAAAAUAACAUAAUGCAUGUAUUUUUGUAAACUUGCACCUCAGAACAUGAUGAUAAAGGUUCAACAUGUUGCAUGACCCUAUAUGGAAACAUCCCCUGGAUCCUGGUUUCUGUUGACAUUUUUGUGGUUCUUUUGUACGAUAAUGAUAACACUUCUUUCAUGGGGAAAGAUUUAAGUGACAUUUGUUCCACAUUGCCAGUGAUCUAAAUUGAUUUGUGUUGGAUUUGAGUGUCUGAAAAGGAGCAAGGGCUUAUGCCUAUUUGUCUGAGAUACAGGCUAAUUUUGGACAAUCGCACAGUGGCCUUUCUCUACUCGAGGUGGUUGUAAGCAGGGCAUUUAUAGAGCCCUGCUCAUAGACAUGGAGCUGUGCCAUGUUCCACCAGAAUUCAAUCACGUACUUAUUUAUACCCAUCCUUAGCACGCUUGAACUGAUUAAAGCUUUCCCAACAGCUGGCCAGUCUUGCUGUGCUAACAUGAAGUGGAAAAGGUGCAUUUCCAAGCAGAUUUAGGUAUACCAUUGAGUGCAGACGGUGAAAAUGCUUUAGAAGGUCCCCAAUCGGUUAGACUUGAGGUUAAUCUGGAACGGUUUCCACGAACCAACCUCACUUUUGCACUUCAUGAUUUUUCAAGAAUAUUCUUGAAAAGAAAAUAUAUCUUAUAAUGAAAUGCAUAUGUAUAUUUGUACUGAAUAU